AUGACAGUUUAUAUUAACUGUAUUUAUUUAGAAAUUGAAGUAGUGAAUGUGUUAGAUUAUGAUGCUAUGCUAUGGGGAGAGCUCUUUGUGCGGUUUCAAAAGAUGAACAGGAAGGGGAACCAGAAAAAAGUAGGACAUCUAUGGAAGCUACAAGGAACAAAGGAGAGACUCUGUCCGGUGAAGGCUAACCUAACUGAUGAAGGCAGCUUUGAUGAUGCGAUUAUGGGUUGUGAAGGUGUUUUUCAUACUGCCUCACCUGUCUUGGGAAAGCCUACUUUUGAUGCCACGGUUGUAAUCUUGAAUCCUGCAGUAGAUGGUACCUUAAAUGUGCUAAGAUCCUGUAAGAAAAAUCCAAGACUGAGACGUGUGGUAUUGACUUCAUCUUCUUCGACAGCAAGGGUAAGAGCUGACAUUGACCCUAACAUACCCUUGGAUGAAUCAUCUUGGAGCUCUGUCGAAUUCUGCAAAUAAUUUGAGGUAGAUACAUCUGUUCUGCUAUUAAUAUUUCCUAUAAAAUACUCCGUCUAUUCCGUUUGAUAUUGAUUGAGUACUAAGUUUAAAUAUCAGUUUGACUUUAUGUACAGAAGGGUACUAAAGUAGUAGUUGCAAAGAUAGUUUGAUAGUGAGAAUAUCAGUUAAAACUUUUAAGGGUGUGGUCAGUAUGGAGGAAAUUUUCUAUGUUUGGUUGGUCAACACUUCCUCUAGGAAAAACAAGUUCAUUAAAAGUCAGAAAAUUACUUCCCUUAUAAAAUUAGGGAAAACAAGUUUUAUAAACGGCAUUUCAUGUUGAUUAUCUCCCCCCACCCCUAACUCUCACCCCCAUUUCCCCCUUGCCCUUCCUCACCGCUACCCCACCCUCACCAGUCCCACUUCCACCCUUGUAGUGUUUGCCUAAAUUAUAUAAAUGCUCUUCAAACAACUUUAUUUGUUUACUCAUCAAACAACAGAAAAUGAGUAAGCAACCUAAUUACUUUCGAGGAAAACAUUUCCCUUCGUACCAAACACAUCCUAAAAUUUAAAUAUUUUCUCGACUUUUCUUGGAAGUUUUAUAGAAAUAGAAUGGGGUCAAACAUUUUGACACUUACCAAAAUAAGACCAGUGUUAUAUAAAUUCAGAUGGAAAGUAUAAACAAUGAUCUCACCAUUUUACUCUUUUCAUGCAAGAUUUGGCAUGUACUAUCAAAGACCCUAGCUGAGAAGGCUGCUUGGGAAUUCUGUAAACAAAACAACGUUGAUCUCGUUACACUACUCCCCUCUUUCAUCACUGGGGCAAGUUUGCUUCCAGAUUUGUGUUCAACAGCAAAUGAUGUUCUUGGUUUGCUUAAAGGACAGACAGAUAAGUUUGAAUUCCAUGGAAGAAUGGGUUAUGUUCAUAUAGAUGAUGUAGCACUCUCUCAUAUACUUGUCUAUGAGCAUCCACGUGCUCAUGGGAGGUUCUUUUGCAGCUCAAAGGUUCUUGAAAACAAUCAACUUGUCUCAGUUCUAUCAGAGCA